AAAAAGUUAUUCCUUCCCGCAGCCCCACUGGCGUCGCUAGGAAAGGUGUCGAAAAAACUCCGAGUUUUGGUCCGUUAUCUAAAUUUAUUGGUAGAAGCAAGAUCAAAACUCACAGCCAUGUCAGAUGGUUGGGAUGAAUCUGAUGCAGCCCCUGCAUCUGAUUGGAAUAUAGAGUCCUUUGGGCUGCCAACAAGUUUUGGAAGCUCAAAGAAAGCAUUUGGUGAUGGAAAAGGGGAUUUUGGUGAAGGUUCUCAUAACAAUUUUAAUGAUACCUUUGUGUGGAGAUGAGGGCCACAUGUCAAGAGAUUGUCCCUCAGCAUCAGAUAGUAGGGGGUAUAGAACUAACAACAGAAGGCAAGACAACUGGGGAGGCAGCAGUUCAUCCAAGCAUGCCAAUGGAGAUUCCUUUGGGUUUGGGUCGGCUUUUGAUGAAGAUCAAGAAAGUGACCCUUUUGGUGCUGUUGAACCUUCCAGUUUUGGUUUUGGCUCUGGGUCUGGUUCCAGGGGAGGUAGAAGGAAUGAUGGUGGCAAAGGAUGCUUUAAGUGUGGAGAGGAAGGCCACAUGUCUAGGGAUUGUCCAUCUGGUGGAGGACGUAAUAAAGGCUGUUUCAAGUGUAGUCAGGAAGGCCACAGUGCUCGCGACUGCCCAAACCCAGGUGGGGGAGCUGAGGAGAAAAGGCCAAGAGCUCCAAUUUAUAUCCCAGAGGAUGUAAAUGAAGAUGACCUCUUUGUUAUGGGUAUUGAAGCUGGCUCCAACUUUGAUGCAUAUGCCAACAUUCGCGUCAAUGUAACAGGAGAUGAUCCGAUUCAAGCUCCAGCUGCUAGUUUCCAGACCAUGAAUCUACGCCCUUUGCUUCUGGAGAACAUAGCAAAACUGGUUAGGGUUGCCCCAACACCAGUUCAAAUUAUACCAUUCCAAUGUGAUGAUGGAAGAGAUAUUAUGGGAUGUGCCCAAACAGGGAGUGGGAAGACCUCUGCUACAUUAGAGAACUUUUGCUCGACGGCUCUAGUGUGUCACAAAUUUUAUGCGUCCCCAAACCCCAGUGUGGACUUGGUUGUUUUCGCGGGGAUAGGGAUAUUUACAGAUGGAAAGGGUCAGAACCGUCUUCAUUUACGAGAAGCAAAGGACGUAGAUUCAUGGUCUGGAAACUUGCAGCUGGAGCUUGAAUCGGAUCAUCUCCUGUUACCUAAAGGUUCCUUUGCAUAUCUUUCGGGGUCAAAUUGGCUUUGCCUCUACCGUUUUUUCCCUGCCCCUGGAGCAUCGGGCCGUAGAAAAAUGAAUUUAAAUGGUUUUUUGCCUGGUUCUUCUCUUGCAAUGAAAUUUGGGAAACCCCUGCCCAAAAAAACGGGUCUGGUGAUCUGCCCAACCAGAGAGUUGGCUAUCCAGAUCAUGCGAGAGGCUCGAAAGUUUUCUCACAGCUCAGUUGCAAAGUGCUGUGUGGCCUAUGGUGGAGCUGCAGGAUUCCACCAGUUGAAGAAAAUUCAUUUUAAUCCUGAAUAGAUUCAAGAACUUGCAUCUGCCUUUUUGAACAACUAUUUAUUUGUCGUUGUUGGAAGUGUUGGAGCAGCAAAUACUGAUGUCAAACAAGAGGUUUUGUGUGUGCCCAAGUUUGAGAAGAAGGCAAAGUUGGUAGAGAUGUGUGAAGAAAUUUUAAUAAAUGCUGAGGAUGAGAAAAUCUUGGUAUUUGUUGAGCAAAAGCGAGUGGCUGAUUUUGUUGGUACUUACCUCUGUGAAAAGAACUUCAGGGCCACCACCAUGCAUGGGGAUCGUUACCAAGCACAGCGUGAACAAGCAUUAACAGAAUUUAGGACCGGUGUCUACAAUAUCUUGGUAGCUACAGCUGUUGCAGCACGUGGUCUUGAUAUUAAGGGCAUUGGAGUGGUAGUCAAUUAUGAUUUACCAAAGGAAAUUGAUGAAUAUGUACACCGCAUUGGCCGCACUGGGCGUCUUGGGAAUCGAGGCUUAUCCAUCAGUUUCUAUGAUGAAGAAGCGGAUGCUUGCCUAACAAAGGACUUGGUGAAGGUCCUGAGUGAGGCUGAACAAACUAUCCCAGACUGGCUGACACAAAAGGCAAAUACAAGUGGAUAUUCACAGACUUACCAUGGCAGUGGUCUGUUUGCUGCCUCUGAUAUAAGGACAAAGAAUGGGGGAGGAAGACACUGGGAGAAAAACCAGGCUAGCAGCUUUUUUGGAGGACCUAGUGUAAAUAAUGUGGAUGAAGAAUGGGACUAAAUUAACACAUUUUCAUAUAGUGUACCAUUUACAUUUGCUUUUGUAUUAUUCUUGAACAACUGGUAGUAUGUCCAAUUGAUUUAUGUUUAAUUUCUCAGUAAAUGAUAAAGGUUGUAACACUGAAUUUUACUUAUAAUAACUUUCAGCUCAA